AAAAAAAAAUACAAAUACGAUCACAACGUUUUCCAACUAAGUUUAAUUUUCUUCAAUAUUUCUACCAUUGGCGCAGUAACCUGUCUUUGUAUAGGUUUACUAGCCAGUGGUUAGCAAUGAAUCAUAAAAAUCUUUUGUAUGCUCUAAAACCAUGAGUAUUCAAGAUAUAAUUAAGUCCUCUUUAAAAUAUUUAAAAAUAGUGGCAGCAACAGGUAGUGGCAGUUUCUUGAUGUAUUACCAUUUUGGUCAAACAUGCAAAUCUAUAGACAGAAUAGUGAAUCCCAGAAUAAUAGAGAGGGAGAAGAAACGCGUGGCUGAGUAUAUCUACGUUGAUGACCCCUCGUAUAAUCGGACAUUCCAGGUGGAGUAUGACAAAGCUACGAGGCAGUCGGUGGGCUUAGCCCGAAUUUGGAAAAGUUUAAAGCAUUCUCUAGCGUGGAGACUGCUGUGGUUGUGCCGCCAUGGCAAUAAAGAUCAGCGGAACAUAGCCCUGGAUCAACUAGCUGCUUUCAAAAAUAACAAGAUUUGGGACUGCUGCAAACUUGCUCAAGCCAUAGAUGAGAAAACAGCGGUGUUACUCGCUCGGACCCGCGGCGCCGACCUCCGCUACUUCCUACCACCUCCAAUUCAUGUUCGACGGGCAGCAUUGUCGUGUGAACUUCUUUCAUUCAAAUUUCGGGAUCUUAUAUUGGCUGUUCAAAAUAUACAUCCUCACUGUUGCAUCCAACAUUUUCUCUCCAAGUACUUUGCAAAUGUACAGGAAGCAGCCAUGGAGUCAGACAGCAUACCCUCGAAGCCAGACAAUGUGAGCGAGAGAGACCUGUGCAUACUGUGUAUGGAUGCUCUAUACCACCAUGUUAGUCUUUUCAACGUUAAGGAUUAUGACAAUGAUUUAUCUAUCAAAACAUUGAUCAAUAUGGGGUUGCUGUCUAUACUAGCUGAGGCAAUGUUAAGAAAUCGUUAUGACAUAGAAUGUGACUUGGCUGUUGUUAAAAUUCUCACAGUUUUAAGUGUACACGUUAAUUUACUAACAGAAUUUUUUCGAAAUGGUCUCAUUGGUGAACUGUCUCGACUAAUACGGUCCAAAGAUAUUCGUCUGUCUAGUUCUGCGGCAGUAUGUCUUGCAAAUUUGUCUGGCGAAUAUUUGUACCGACCUGGUCUAUUUCUAUUACAUCCACUGUACAGAACCACGGCUCCUACUUCUUGUGAUACCUUGCUGGUACACGGACUACGAGGGGGAGUGUUUGUCACAUGGAGGCAGAGAGACAGGAAAUGUGCUGAGCCUAUUGGAAUCAUAGAAGUUACUGUCUCUGAUUUUGACUGUGAAGUGUGUGAAACCAUAGUAACACCUGAAAAAAAAUAUGUAGACCCUGAAAUGCAGCAAGUUAUGGAAGACUUAAUAGAAUUGGGAGAUGAGGCAUUGUUAUCAGAAUUAGAAGUGGUUCUUCAUGAUAUUCCUAUUGAAGCUAUGAGAGACCCAACAUCAUCCAACUCAUUUACUGCGAAUCAAAAACGUAUUGCAUUAAAUCAAGAAGAAGAAGAUAAAUGCAAUUACACAGUGUGCUGGCCUAAAGACUGGCUGCCGAAAGACGUCAACAACUUGAGGAUACUUGGUGUCAACUACUGGAGCUCGUUAUCAGAAUGGCUUGAGCGAUGCCCAUUGCAAACAGCAGACAUUGCAACUCGAGCAUCUGAGAUGGUUCCGGCCCUUAUAGAUGCCCGUGUUGGUGAUAAAAACACGCCAGUCGUGUGGCUGGCUCAUUCUAUGGGUGGCUUGAUCGUCAAACAAGUGCUGGUGGAGGCAUCACAAAGUGAUCAGCAAACGCUUAAGAAAAUAGCUGACAACACCAAAGCAGUUUUGUUUUUCAGCACACCUCACAAGGGAAGUUCAGUGGCUACCAUGCCUCGCGCCGCAGCUGCGGUGCUGUGGCCUUCUAAUGAUGUAAGGCAGUUACAGCAGGACUCACCUGUCUUAUUAAACCUACAUAAGGCAUUUAUAGAGUUUGCUGAUGCCUAUGGGUGGGAAACCAUAAGUUUUGCGGAAACAAUGCCAACUCUAGUCACAGCAUUUAAAGUUCCUGUCCAUUUUGUAGAAUCAUUCUCUGCUGACUUAGGUCGUGGACAAUUUUACCAACUACCUCUAGAUCACCUGUCUAUAUGCAAACCAGCAACCAGACAGUCGAUAUUGUAUACUACAGUAUUGGAUGUAUUGCAGAGAGUGUCCAUAAAGCAGGUGGAGAUGCCGUAUACAAAUACUUUUAUACAAUGGAUUGUAGACAUGUUCUGGUGGCUCUUGUUCUCAAAAGCCAAAAAAGUUUUAGAAACUUUAGACGAAAAUCAAAGAAAUGAACGUCUACGUUGGACAGAACGAAUAUUGUUGAGUACAUUCACUGACGAUUUUACCGAAUGAAUGCCGUUUACCUGUUACAAUUUAUCGUAUUUAGAUUUUUUUAUGAUUUAGCUUUGUUUGGAACUUAUAUUUUUGGAGUAUUAAUUUAUUAUUUUUGAAUUAGCGUUUGUUAAAUCACGUUUGAUGUUUAGUCAAAUUUCCUGUAGUGUAUUAAGAUUUUUGUUAACUAAUUUAUAAGAUCCAGUCCAGUGCUAAACAAUUUGUUAUUACUAAAACAGUAUUUCUAUUAUAAGAGGGAAAACAUUGCAAAUACCUUUGUUUUUAAGGAUUACCUAAUAAUAGUAUUAUUUUGUAAUAAA